AUGCUAGCCGUGACCAUCCUACUGUACUCACUACAGCUUGUAAGCGCUCAGCAGACGACCAGGGUUCCUCCAAUCGCUUCAGCGAAAAGAAAGAUCAUAAAUAUCGGAGCAUUGUUUGUGAAAGAUGAUCCUACCUACAUUCCAUUCAUUGGUUACGAGGGUAGUAUUGCAGCUUUUUAUCUAGCUAUAGAUAGAAUUCGUCAAAACCAUCUACUGGAUGGCUACGACUUCAAGUAUGUCUGAAU